AUGCUGCGCAUCACCUGGAUGCUGUCAGGGGAAGAGGUGGCGAGCUUUUCGGUGGAGGAGUUGAGCGAGGUUAAGGCAAUAAAGCAAGAAUUGUAUCGCAACCACCACCAGCCUGUGCGAUUCAGGCAAAAGCUGUUUCUCUGCGGCAACCCCGAUGAUCCCUUAGAUGAUUCUGUCCUUCUGGACUCGCCCAUGGAACUGCAGUUGGUCUUGCUUCCAUAUUCCGGGACCUCCGAGACGGAGGCGGAAGCGCUGAGGUCUGCCUCUGCCUGCGGCUCCCUGUGUGAGGUUGAGGCCAUGUUGCAGCUGCCGCAGCACCCAGACAUCGCCGACAGGGACGGCUUCACUUCAUUGAUGAAAGCUGCUCAAAAUGGCCACGAGGAGGUUGUGCGUUUGCUGCUGGAGGCCGGUGCCGCACAGGACUUGGCCAACAACACAGGCUUCACUGCCCUGAUGAUGGCCUCGGUCAACGACCACGUUGAAGUCGUGCAGGUGCUGCUGCAUGGUGGUAGCGACAUCAACUUGGCCAACUACGUUGGCUUCACGGCUCUGAUGCUGGCAUCUUUCCGCGGUUAUGCUGAAGUCGUGCGGUUGCUGCUAGAUGCCGGUGCCGACAAGAACCUGCGCGUUCGAAAUGGCAAAACUGCCCUGAUGCUGGCAUUUGAGAGCGGCGCGGUCGAAGUCGUGCGUUUGCUGGAGGCGCCCGAUGUCGACAAGAACUCAACCUGA